ACGUACUGUACAUCAAUCCAUAGCAUAGUCUUUGAUUUUUGGAUUUGCUGCCUGCUGAGCGAAGGUUGUUUCACAACAGCAAUGACAACCAACGUCAGCGGCUCAGAGCAGCAGCAGCAGCAGCAGCAAAGGCUCAUCCGCGAGCACCUGGACGCCAACGUCACCACCCUCGGCAGCCUCACUCGUCUCUCUGCCUUGCUACAAGCCAGUUGCCAGGAGCGGGUUGAGCUCCAGCGCGAGCUCGCCGCGAACAGCAGCAGCGGCAACGCACAGUCGCAAGCACAGUCGCUCCAGUCGCACCAGCUCAGGCAGCCGACGGCGCGCAGCCAGGCACAGGACGCUCUCGACGAGGCCCACCAGCUGCUCGAGCUCCAGACGGAUCCGCUGACAGUCCGCACGGCCGCGGCUGCUGUCGGGGCGCAGCGCUGCCUCGACUCUGCGCGGGCGUUUCAGUCGCGCCUCGCUGCCUUGGUCGAGGCCGAGCAAGCACACGACCGUGCUCAGCGCUACCUGGUGGUCGUGGCAUGCGUCGAGCAGAUGAACGCGCACGCUCGGGAGUUGUAUGGCGACGCAGACCCGCCAGGCUCAUCCGUGUCCAAGUCGUCGUCGUCCAAGACGUCGUCAUCAACGAGCAAGAAGGACAGCGCGACUCCGAGUCAGAAGCGAUGGCAACAGACUCUGCGCUCUGCAUUGCUGGCUGUGGAUGUCGUCACGCCAACGGGUGGUGUCGCGAGGCAGCAGCCAGCGGAGUCUCGCCCGGAUGCAGCUGGAAGUGGCAACUCCUCGACAUCCGAAGUGACAAGUGCCGUUGAUGCGUUGCGCCGGUCGGUCGCAGGUGCGCAAGAGUCAGUGGGCGCAACGCCUCCGUCGAGCAUGCAGUUGGCCAUUCUGACACCGCUCCGGCAGCUGUGCGAGCUCAAGCAUGCAUUGCGCACGUCCGCGUGCCGAAAUUUGAAAGCACACAUUGACGCAUCCAUCAACAACUGGUCCAACGUGCUCCGCCAACGUCUAGUCACCGAGCUCUCCUUGGCAUUGAAGCAGCUGGGCUGGCCUCUGAGCAUUGACCUCUCUGCUCGAAUGCCUCCAACCGCGUCUGGCACAUAUUCCCCACCGCUUUCCCCCUCCGCCUCCGCCGCCUCCUCCUCCUCCUCCUCCUCCUCCUCCUCCUCCUCGGCCGCCGGCGCCUCGCCCUCGUCACUUGAUUUGCCAGACCUUGCACUGGUUUGCAUGCAACGCAUCAUUCGGUUGCUCCUGCAGGUCCAGCUUUUGCUUCUCUUCCCGCACAUUGCCGCGGCAGAAGCCAUCGUCGAGCAAAGCAUUACUGAGCAGCGCGUCGAGGAAGGAUCCGACCGCACGAGACGAGCUGCUUCGCAUCAAAACCUGCAAACACUGCUCGAGUCGCUGCAUCUCCCUUCGUUGUGGGUUGUGGAGGCAUUGAUCGUCCCGGUUGCCCAGCGUUUCCAGUUCCACUUUUCUGGCGAACGACCAACCAACAGGCUCGAUAAACCAGAGUGGAUGUUUAUGCAUGCCCUGGAGGCAAUCAAGUCCAAUGCCACGUUCCUCGUUCAGACCAUCCAGCCCCUGGUGGACGACAGCGGCCUGGCCGUGUACGACGUUCGGGUUGAGUUUACAAGGAGCAUUGUCAACCUGGUUCGUGCCAAGUUGCUUCGGCAGGUCCCGCGCAUGCUUUCCCACGACGGCGAUCCAGAGGCCGCUGCCGCCGCUGCAGGCAACACCGAGCCAGGCGCAACAUCCAACCAAUCGCUCGCCAAGCCUCAUAAUUUGACCCAUGCGCAGUUCAACCAUAUUGUGGAUGAGGUCGAGCGGCUUGUGAAAUUGUAUCCAUUGCAAGCCAGCGGAGGCAAGGGGGCGUCGGACGAUGCCAUCCAGCCUCCACCCUACCCCAUGCUCAGCCACCUCCUCUCAGAGCUGGCCGUGUUCGAGUACGAACUGCGGGUUGCCCAUGAGCUACCUUCCUGGCAUCCUGCAGCCGUUGCUGUCUUUUCUGCCAAUGCGACCUGGAUGUCGCGCUGGAUCUUUCUCGAGCGACGUCAUGCCAUUGGCAUUCUGCAGCAAGCCCUCGCAUUGCCGACUCGAUGGCAGCCAAAGUUUCGAGAUGCCGCGACAGUUGACGAGUACAAGGCGCCUGAAGCGGCUGAGACGCUGGUGAAUCUGCUUUGGACAAUUUGCGAACGAUUUCAACUUGUAUCGAGCUCGGCUCUCCGGCUAACGGUCGUGGCAAUGAUUCACAUUCCGCUGAUUGAGCUGUUCAUGCAGAACUUGGAAAAGUACUUGGCUCGUGAGUUUGAAUCCAUCACCAGUGCACCCCAACUGGAGCAGUUUUGCUUGCUUCUGAACGGAGUACACUAUGUUCGCUGCAUGAUCAAGGAAUAUUCAGAGCAUGUGUUCUUCCUCGAAGCACAUGCAUACACUCGUGAUGCACGGCAAAAUCUCUCCCCAGAAGCACAAGCAGAGCUGGCCGCCGCCACGGGAGGGGAUAACUUUUGCUUUGAGCAGACGUGGUCUGCGUGUCUUCGCAUUGAAGAGGAGAUGAUUGCGACAAUCACCUCCAUGGCCCGUGAUGCAUUCACUCACCACAGCAAGGCGUAUUGCAAACAAAAGUGGCUGCUGCAGAUGCCAGUGUCGUUGGACCAAGUCGAGCGAGAGUCUAUCGCGGCGGCAGAGGCUGGCAACGUGCCGUUUUUGCAGCCUGGUGCGGCAGUGUCGGCCGUCGUCGUGCUGGAUAUUUCUCAAUCGUUCUGUGAGCCCCUAGCUCUGCUGCGAGAACAAUUGGCCUUGUUGCACAGAAACCUGGCCACCUCGCUCUUUGGCACGGUCUGGCACCAGAUUGCACGAGACGUGAAUGACUGUCUCUGGACAGACCUCGUCCGCCGAAGUUACUUUAAUCGCGCAGGAGCCGUGCAGCUUGCUUUUGACAUGCAUCGUCUGUUUCUCCUCUUCCGAGAUUUCACCUCCAAGCCCGAAAACUUUUUGAAGCACAUCAAGGAAACCUGCGUUCUUCUUAAUCUGUCUCCAGACACCCUCAAGGCAAUACACAAGCUCGGGCUGGAGGCUGCUCAGGAGGCAGCCAAUCCUGCACCAAAUCCUCGCGUGCGCAGCACAACGCCCAAGGCUUCGAUCCAAGCUCUGAUGCAGUCCAAGUCGCUGUUUCGUUUUUCCCAGGAAGAAGUGUUGGAGCUUGUCUCCCAUCAUGCUGAUGCAAUGACGCGAUCGGAGCGUUGAGAAAUAAACGGUAUCAUUUGGAA